UAAGGCUUCAUUUGGUUGUUGUUUAUUUCCAGUGAUUGUAUGGAGUUCACUUUGUGUUUCUUUAUAUGAGCUACGGAUCUUAAUCUCAUGUUGUUGCAUUAUUCUAUCGUUACUUCAGUGUACGCCUGCGUAGGAUACCAAUCUAUCAUACACUGUAUGUGGGCCAUUUAUUCUUGGAUUAAAAAGAUUACAGUCGUCUACAAUGUCAUCUUGUGUUUGCGGCUUUGUUUGUAUAGUGUAAUAGAAGUGUAACGGAAUUAACUUCACGAGCCGUGCGAUACAAGAUUAAACCAACAUUUGUUAAGGUCGGAUGGAUAUUGUAAAAUUACUCAAAGAGACAUUUAUACAAAUAAACUAGUUCAAACCGGUCAAAACCAUUCCUGUUUGGAUGCAUCUGCACAUAAUGAGUUUCCCGGACUCGGACAUUCCAGAAAUUAUAGUUACCUGUGAUAAGGACAUAGUAGUAAACGAAGUGGACCACAAUCAACCAUGUCUGAACUGUGGAGACCACUGCCCGGGCUAUGUGGCACACGACUGGAGAAACAUCUGCAUCCACUGCAAGUGUUUACGGGAAGAGCACGACAUCUUCAACGAGAACUUUGUCAACAUCAGAGACCGCCUGGGCUGGAAGCGAGACGACGGCCCUGAGAAGUCAGUCUCCAAAGAGAAGACCCUGAGUGAGGGCUACACUUGGGUGCCGGCUAACCUCAGCAGCAAAAAGAUACGAGAAUACAUGGACCAGCUGCCCAACCACAAAGUGCCCAAAGUGGACAGUGAUGGGGAGAGGUACCGGGACAUCCAGGUGAUCAAACAGCUGCCUAAACAGGACCUGUCGGACUUGUACUGUCGCUUCUUGGACGGUGACGUGGAGAAGAAGGAGUUCAUGAUCUUUCGGGAGCUGAGGGACCAGGUGGCCAUGGGCAUUGGACUGGUCAAAGAGUGUCCUCAGGAUACGACCUGUUACAACUGCAAAGGAGAACUGGAUGAAGGGGAGCUGUCAGUGGUGGCGUCCAAGGUGGGGCCGGACGCCCUAUGGCACCCUGCUUGCUUCACCUGCCACAAGUGUGAGGAGCUCCUGGUGGACCUGGUCUACUGCCACCACGCCAAGCACCUGUACUGUGAGCGCCACUACGCGGAGCUGAUACGCCCACGAUGCCCUGGAUGUGACGAGUUGAUCUUCUCUGCCGAGUACACCAAGGCGAUGGAGGAGAAUUACCACAAGGAGCACCUGGCCUGCCACAACUGCGACAAGCAGCUGGUGGCUUGUAGGUACAUCGUCAAGGAAGAGCACCCGUACUGCAUCCCGUGCUACCAGCAGUUGUUUGCCCAUAACUGCGACGAGUGCGGCAAGCCCAUUGGACCGGACUUCAAGGACCUUUCUUACAAGGAUCGCCACUGGCACGAGUUCUGCUUCAAGUGCUGUGGGUGCCAGAAGUCUCUCGUGGACCAGCCGUUUGCCUCCAAGAACGACAAGAUCUACUGCUCUGACUGUCAUGACAACAACUUCGCUGCCCGGUGUGACGGCUGCGGGGAACCUUUCCGUGGAGGGAUGAAGAAAUUUGAGUACAAGGGCAAACAGUGGCAUGAUUGGUGCUUCGUCUGCUCAGAGUGCAACCAGCCAAUCGGAAACAAGAGCUUCAUCCCACGUGACGAAAGAGUCAUCUGUGUCCCAUGCUACGAAAGUAAAUAUGCACAGAGGUGCAGCAAGUGCGGCGAUGUGAUCAACAAGGGUGGUAUCAGCUACAAGAACACGCCCUGGCACAGGGAGUGCUUCACCUGCACCAACUGUAACAAGCAGCUGGCUGGGGAGAAGUUUACCUCCAAGGAAGAGCACCCUUACUGCGGUGACUGCUAUGGUGAAUUGUUUGCCAAGAGGUGCUGCAGGUGCACUAAGCCCAUAACCGGUAUUGGUGGCACCAAGUUCAUCUCCUUCGAGGAGCGACACUGGCACAGCGACUGCUUCAACUGCUACAAGUGUGAUGCUAGCAUGGUGGGAAGAGGUUUCCUCAUGAACGGCGAGGACAUUGUGUGCCCUGAAUGUGGUCGCAGUUAAGCCCCUACAUACAGUUAGGAUACAAAGUUAACGUUUUAAAGUAUAUUAUUUAUCAAUUCUUUAUAGGCUUAAUUUCAUUCAGUUUUUUUUAAAUUCAAUAAAUAGCUUUAUUCUUCCUAUAACGAGCCUUUAAAUUAUUUUUUUUAAGUGUCAAUUCAAGAUUACUUGUGUAUAAAUUUAGCAUUACUUAAAAGCCUUAACCCCCAUAAUAUAUAAUUAAUAGUAAUUUGUAGAUAGUCCAUGGCAAUGUAUAUAUUUAUUUGUAUUUUUUUUGUUAUCUUCAGCUUUAACAAAUAAAAAAAUAUAUAUAUAAUUUUGCAACAAAAAAACAAACAAUAACAUUUAUUUAUAGGUUCUAACAAUUUGAAUAAAUAAUCAAAAUUAUAACCUUUGUUCCCUAAAGCUAAUUAAUUAAAUGCUGAAGAAAUAAUGCCUUUCAAUACAUGGAAAAAGAAAACCAAUACACUCAAAAUAAAGACCAUUUAUAUAUCAGUUUUGUAAUCAUAUCAAUGUUAAUUAUUUUAAUUUCCAAACCAAACUUUCUUUAUUGAAGUUAUAUAUUUAUAUAUAUAUUUUUUAGAUAUAUUCCGAAUAAUUUAGAUGUUUUUCUUUAUUUAAGAAAGCAAACAUUUCUUGUGCUGUAUUCCUUUUAUAUGAAAACAUGUUGAUGAAUGCCUAUAGAAAUGGAUGGGUUUACCACAAUGUACUGAAGCUUAAUUGAAAUUACACAGCACUUGUGUGUGAUCUUGUCUUUGUUAUUUGUUGCUGGUGCAGUUCAUUUAUUAUGCAAACUUUAUGAUUGGCCAGAUUUCUGACCUUUCAUCAACUAAAAUCUGAUGCAACUAAACACACAAUUUAAAAAAAAAAUGAUUACUAGGCAUUCAUUUUCCAUUUACACUUCUGUAUGAUGAUUUUACAAUUUUUAUUAUACAUAGGUAGUUGAAUUUAUUUUUAGUAAAUCCUACACUAUUUGAGAGUAUAUUUAAACUAUUUAGUUGUUUUUUUACAGUGUACAUUUUUUAUAAUGUAAAAUAUAAUUACUGUACUUGUUUUUACAUAGAAUUAAAUAAAAAUAAUCAAAAUGUACAUUCUUAUACAAAGAUUUGUUCCAUUGUCUGUGUAAAUUUUUUGAAUUUUUUAAGCACAAUAGCAAAUCUGAUCAGUAUAUGCAGAGAAUGUUGAAAUGCAUUAACUUUAUUAAAAUACCAAUGUCAUAAAAUUGUUGACAUCCUGGUCUGCACAAGUAAAAUGUAUUAUCUUCAUGUAAGAUAAUAUUAGAAAGUGUUUUUGGUUUUAAAUCAUGAGCUUAAUCAAUUAAAAAAAAGUUUUUAAAAAUCCCACAAAGAAAUUAGACACAUCACUAAGAUAUAUUUUUGUAUUUGGACAAAUAUUGCAGUGGUUUUAGUGUUAAAAAUUUUUUUUAAAAUGAUGGAUGCUUUUUUCCAGAAAUCAGUAUUACUUUUUAUAAUGAGACUGGUUUUUGGGGUAAGGAAGUGUGUUUAAUAUUUCUUGUCAUUCUACACGUCUGGUCAAUGCUAUGUAAUAAAUAGAAAUAUUAUUAUAAUGGAUUCCUUCUAACCUAAAGGAUUUGAGCCUGUAAAUCUUCAUUCUCAGUUGAAAGAAUUAAAGGGGAAUAAAAACAUAGAGCCAAAAAAGAAAAUGCAGUUGUCAAGACAUUUACUGAUUUAAGUGACUUGUUGGCAUACUGCCUUAUUCAAGGGAUUUAGAACUGCAGUGCUGUAAAACUUCUAUUUCCUUGUGAUGUAACUAAUGGCAAGUAGCUGGUGCUUUUGUUUUUUCUACACACUAUACUCUUCUUUGUGAUUGGUUUUGAUUUCUUCUUUUUGCUCCACUAAUACAAUAUGUAAAGUUUACUGUAAAUACCUUUUUUUUUUGUACAUUUUUGUUUUAAUUUGUGUUGUAAAAAGCAAAUAACAAGGAUUUCUUUGUUUUAAUUAACAGAGCAGAAAAAAAUUGCUAACAAAUGCAUGCAGGCAUUUUUGUUUUUUUUUAUUUUAAAAACCCUGAAGGUUUUCCUGUUUAGGAUCAAAUUUCCUUUCUUUUACUGUAAUCAAAUUGGGGGGAAUAAGCAUUGGCCUCUGGAAAAAAAAAGUAUCAUUUGAUUUCCAUUAUGCAAAAAACUUUCCUACAAUAUCUACAUUAAAUUUAUCUUCCAACUUAGAUAUGUUAGCAUUUAUUUUUUAAAAUUAUUAUUGAAAACAAUCUUAAAAUGUUUUGAUUUGUGAAAUAUUGGGAGUAAUUAGAAUAUUUAUUUGGUGUGUCUUCCAACAUUAGUUUGCUAUUAUAUAGAAUAUAACUUAGUCACCCCCCCCCCCCCCCAAUGUACGGUUUGUUAUUCAGAGAUAAGAUAGUACUUUAAUUAUGUCACCAAAGAUGUGCAGUAUUCAUUUCAUCUUUGUGUGCAUGUAGAGAGAGCAUCUUUAUUUAGUUCAUAGAGUUCUGUAUUUUUUUUUAUACUACACUAGUUCAUUUUGUACUGGUUCAGAGAGGUCUGAAUUGUGUUAGUUCAUUUAUUAUGCUUGAAGUAUGUUCCAGUGUAUAUUAUUACUAUAGCAUUUUGUUUUUGGUUUGUUUUUCAACUCUUUGAACUCAGUGUCAGUCAGCUUGAUCAGUUUGUAGAGAUAGGUUUGAGAUCAAAUAAACUUGAUGAUAAAACUA